GAUGUACACAGUACUGCUACUGGACCAGCUCCUCCUACAGAUACAAACAAGCCAUUGAUAGGUCCUCCACUCUCUCCUAUUGCAUUAAUGGAUAUACCAGAUAAUAGACCAACAGUAUCUGAAUUGAUAGAGUUUCAUGAGUUAUUGAUCAAAGGACAACUGGAGGAGUCUCUACCACUGCUUGAUGCUGAUACUAUAAGAAAGAUUAGAAAUGCUGUUAAUGAUCAUGAAGGAAUGUCUCUUCUUAUAAGAGCAUUUGAAGAACAUCCAACACUGCUACAUGAAAUGAGAACAUCUGGAAUAAUAACAGGUUCAUCAAGAAAAGAUUUAAAAUCUCCUCCACCAACAGCACCCAAACCAAGGCAUGCUCAGUCUCAAGCUAAUCCCACUAUAAUACAACUCAGCUCAAAGGAAGAAGUUGCUUGCAAUAUUGAAUCACUACAUGAGCAGUUUACUGCUCUUGUGACUAAAAUAAGAACAUAUUUCAGUAAACUUGUUUCCAGUGAGAAAUUAGAAGCUGACGAGGUUGCAGUUCAUGCAGAAGAAUAUUUGAGGCAAGACUUAAAAUUAUCAGAAAUCAACAUGCGCACUAUAUUUACUGCAAUUAGACCUCAUUAUGACUUUUUUAAUUUUGGAUUGAUCAAAAGUUUAGUACAUCAUUUUAUCACUUCAUCAGAUGAUAUUCAUACCAAACUAACUCAAUACAUUGAUAGUGUUGAUAAAUUCUCAGAAUCAUCACAAUUGAAGCACAUACGAUCAACAAUCAAAGAGAAAUUGUCAUCAUUACCAGCAGCAGCCUCACCAACCACUAGUGAUCAAACAAAACCAGUCGUUAUUAAACUGAAUGACAGAUGGGAAGAAAUGACAAUAAGUAAACUUAAGACAGUCCUCAAGCAUUACUUUGGAGUAACAUCAGAUCUCUUCAAUCACAUCAGCUUUGAUUAUGGUUCAUUUGUUAUUACACUGAUAAUACCAACCUCACUAUCACAGUCUCUUAUUGAUGCUAUCAAUAACAAAACAAACUCAAUGAGUAGAUUAGGAAUAUUGGAAGUUGCUGUUGACAAUAAAGUGAUUCCUAUCAGAAGAGAAGAUGACAAUUUUGACGUUUCGCUUCAUGAAUCAGUUAAAGCUGGUGAUAGUUUUGAAGUAUCAAUGUUACUGCAGUUAGGAGCUGAUCCUAAUAGUAAAGAUGAGAGAGGAAAGAGUGCAGUAGAGAUAGCUAAGCAAGGAGGACACACUCAAAUAAAAAAAAUACUAUUAACUGGUGGAGGAGAAGAGACUGGAGAGGUGAAGUGGUCCAGUGGUCAGUAGAGUAACCCUCACUAAACCAUCAGCAGGUCAAUGUCAGGAAGUGAUCAGUCAAUUAACGGACAGUCAUCAGGACAUUUCCCUCUAUUACUCAUCACCUGAUAUUGUAUACCUACUGAUAUCACUAGCUCUAAAAAUAAGAACAAUAAAGUGGAUUGGUAUACAUUACACUAAAAUAACAAAUGAUGUCAUCCUCUCACUGUCACACAAAAUAACAAACAAUACUUCAUUAGAGUUUCUAGUGAUCAGUGAUGAUUCCAUCAAUGAUGAUGGAGUCAUUGCACUAACACAAUCAUUAAUUAAUAAUAAAACAAUUACUCGCUUAUAUCUUCAAUAUAAUCCUGACAUCACUUCAACCAGUGCUCAGUCACUAGCUGAGCUUUUACUCUACAACCACACACUGUCUGUCCUUUGGCUCUUCGGUACUAACAUUGAUACUGAUGGAGUACUGGUACUGAUGGAAAUUCUCAGGACCAAUGAUACACUAAGGAGAUU